GUGGACGUGGGGAACCGGCACUCAGGACACCAUGAAGCCGACCUAAGAGCGCACGGCUUCGGCUUGCACGGACUCACUUUCCCGGUGGAGUUUGAGGGAGGAGAGAGACGCGAGGAUGGAGAAGCAGAGCACCAGCAGCGGGGGUAGUAACACCGGGGAGGACCUGUCAAAGAUCCCCGACGAGGAGUUGCACAGGUGGGGUAAAGACGAGCUGGUGCGCCGGCUGCGGAGGACCGAAGCGGAGAAGCGGGGUGUGAUCGUGGAGCACGGGAACCUGAUGCGAGAAGUGAAUCGGCGACUGCAGCAGCACCUCACGGAGAUCCGGAGCCUCAAGGAUGUUAACCAGAAACUACAGGAGGAUAACCAGGAGUUGAGGGAUCUUUGUUGCUUUUUGGAUGAUGACCGGCAGAAAGGGAAACGUGUUUCCCGGGAGUGGCAACGUUUGGGCCGAUUCAGCGCCGGAAUAAUGCGCAAAGAAGUCACGAUUUACCUCCAAAAACUGCGAGAACUGGAGUCCAAGCAGGCUGAAGUCCUCCGGGAAAACCUAGAACUCAAGGAGGUGUGUCUAAUGCUGGAAGAGGAGCGAGCGGCUGCGGUGGCCAAUAGCAGCAUGGUAGGAGGCGGAGGGGGCGGAGCUACGAACGAACAGGGCGGGUGCAGGGGUUCGAUUGACAGCCAGAGCAGCCAGUGUGGUCCCGCCCCUGGAUUGUUACGAGAUGUUGGGGAUGGAAGUAGCACAUCUAGCGCAGGGAGUACGGACAGCCCUGAUAAUCCGCAUAGCAAACUGCAUUUAGGAUACAACCAUCCAAGCAAAUCUGAAAAUAAUAAAAAAUGUGAAGUAUCUGGAAAAUGUACAGAUCCAAAACACAACUCGUCAGGAAGAAGGCAUAGUUCAACUCCGGAAUACCAUACUUUUCCGCAGAGUUGUAGACCACGUGGAGGAUCGCUUACAAAUCUGGAUACGCACAUUCCCGAUAGACAUAAGUCGCCAAGCAGGCAACCAUUUGACUACCAACCCAAGCAUUCGGAUUUAAAAGGACACGUUUACAUAUCACAACAACCCGGGAAAAACAAAUCCAGUCCAGAGCUGAGCCAGAGAUCCCCGCGGCCCGGAAAACCUUCAAGCAGUUGUGGAGGGUCACCAAUAGGAACGCCUGAGUACAUACGGAAAAAUAGGGUGAUUGUAGGAAGUCCAGAGUCGAUAAGGAAUCACCCGCAGUACCAGCAGGGCGGCGCUUUGGAGCAGGGGAAAGGGAGGUACGGCGCAGGAAUGUCAGGACAAGACAGAGGACGUCGCCGAGCAUCGGGAGAGGAAGCCAGUCCACAGCACAGCCUCUACAACGCUCUGAUCUCCGCUGGCUGCUGCACCAAUGGCUGUAGGAACACCAAGCUCUGGGACAGCUUUGACGCCUCCUGACCUCCAGAAGAACUGCUGCUGGACUCUGGGUCUGAUCAGGUCUGACCCCAAGAAGACUACACC